ACAAUAUUCGCGGAGAGAUUCUGUGAAUAUACAUGGCCUUCUGGAUAAUGGCAGAGAGGAAACAAGUGGGGAAUGUGAACAGAAUUUCCUAGACGUCAUCAAUCUUACUCUCGGUCUGUCAGACAUUAACACACACAAUAUCUCAGCACUACAUAGAAUGUGGAGAAAAGGUUAGUCGUGUGCAGUCAGCUCCGCUUCUGUCCUCCCACUGACUAAAAAUAUCUUCCUGUCAUGGAGUCUCCCCAUCAGAUCGAGUCAACGACUUUCCGAAAAACCUGACGGGAAGGUAUUUUUAGAAGAGUAGCGCAGCUUGGAUUGCACAGAGGAAGCGAGAAAUUUUGUCCACUACACUCACGCUUUGGCUUUCGUUAGAAAACCUACAGUCCAUCCGUUCUCGUGCAAGACCUAAAUAGUUCAUACAAGAUAUGUCCGAAGAGAAGCCUAUUCGUUUGGUACUUGUUGGGAAAACCGGAUCUGGCAAAAGUUCAGUGGGAAACACAAUUCUUGGUGAGGAAAAAUUUGACACAAAAAGAAGUUUUGAAUCUGCAACCCAGGACUGUAAACUGGAGAAUGGCACAUACCAUGGGACACGCAUCGACAUCAUGGACUCGCCGGGUCUGUUUGACACUGAAAAGACCCACGAAGAGGUUGCAGCUUUAGUCGCUAAAAGUCUCGCCACCCUCCACCCGGGUCCAACGGCUAUCCUGUAUGUAAUUCCAAUCUGCAGUCGGUUCACGGAAGAAGAAAAGCGUGUUUAUGAGAGGCUAAAAGCUGUUCUUGAUUCGAGCUUAACUCGGUACAUGAUCGUCGUCUUCACGCGCGGUGAUGACCUAAAGAGAGAAAAGAAGACCAUACACGAGGCCCUCUCCACGGCCCCUGACUUCCUCCGCAACAUCAUUGAAGAAUGCAGCCACCGCUACGUGGUGUUUGACAACACGGCUGCUGAGAAACAGUCGCAGGUAGAAGAGCUCAUAGAGAAGGUGCGGAGACUGAGGGAGGAGCGCGGCGAUAAACCUUACACGUGCCCCACUUUUUUUUAUGUCAGCGACAAUAUGGAAAAGGAGUUGAAAAAGAGACUGCAAAAGGUAGAGGAGGAGGAACUAAAAAAAUAUAAAAUUCGUCCAAGAACGAGAGAAGGGGGCGAACAAAGCUCUGGUAGAAGUUGAAACACAGAAAAGUAAAUUUGAGAAACUGGAAAGAGAAAGAGAAGAUAAAAUGAAGAAAGAACAUCAUGCUAGAGAGACAGAGAUAAACAUGAUGAUGGAAAUCAUGAGACAGCAGAAUCUUACUGCUGAAAAGAUCCAUGAAAGAGAGAUAGAAUAUCGCAGAGAAAUGGAAAAGAGAAGGCGCGAGGAGACAGAAAAGUUGGAAAUGCAGAGACAAGAGGAACA